GCGGAGGCAGGCGCGCGGUGCAUUGUGGGCUGGCGGCGGGGUCGGCCCGGCCGCGGGAUGUCGGGCUGCGCGGCGCGGCGGUACGUGGCGGCGGCGCUGAGCCGGUGCCGGGCCCGUGGGCUGCCGCUCUGGGAACCGCCACCGGCCCGCGGGCUGCGGCCUCUGGGCGUGGGGGGAGCCGCGGCUCUCCCACCGCUGCUGCUGCCGCCGCGGCGGCACCUCUCGUCGCGAAACCGUCCAGAGGGCAAAGUGCUGGAGACCGUGGGGGUGUUUGAGGCACCAAAGCAGCACGGCAAAUACGAGACGGGUCAGCUAUUUCUUCACAGUGUGUUUGGCUAUCGAGGAAUAGUCCUGUUUCCCUGGCAGGCCAGGCUUUAUGAUCGAGAUGUGGCUUCUCCUGUCACAGAAAAGAGCGAGAACGCGGCAGGCCAUGGUUCCAAAGAGGUCAAGGGCAAAACGCAUACUUACUAUCAGGUGCUAAUAGAUGCCCGGGAUUGUCCACACAUAUCCCAGAGAUCGCAGACAGAAGCAGUGACGUUCCUGGCAAAUCACGAUGACAGCAGAGCCCUCUAUGCCAUCCCAGGUUUAGACUAUGUAAGCCAUGAAGAUAUCCUUCCCUACAGCUCCACUGAUCAAGUGCCCAUCCAGCAUGAGCUCUUUGAGAGGUUUCUCAUGUACGACCAAACAAAAGUUCCACCUUUUGUAGCAAGGGAUACACUGUGUGCGUGGCAGGAGAAGAACCAUCCCUGGCUAGAGCUCUCUGAUGUGCACCGAGAAACCACAGAGAACAUCCGUGUCACAGUCAUCCCAUUCUAUAUGGGCAUGAGGGAAGCCCAGAAUUCCCAUGUCUACUGGUGGCGCUACUGUAUUCGUUUGGAGAACCUUGACAGUGAAGUGGUACAACUCCGAGAACGGCACUGGAGGAUAUUUAGUUUGUCUGGCACCUUGGAAACAGUCAGGGGCCGUGGUGUUGUAGGAAGGGAGCCAGUUUUAUCCAAAGAACAGCCGGCAUUUCAAUACAGCAGUCACGUCUCCCUGCAGGCAUCCAGCGGUCACAUGUGGGGUACUUUUCGAUUUGAGAGGCCUGAUGGCUCCCACUUUGAUGUCCGAAUCCCACCCUUUUCUCUGGAAAGCAACAAAGACGAGAAGACCCCCCCCUCCGGCCUUCACUGGUAGAGCAGACUGAGUGCCGAGACCCACAGAGCCCUGUGUGUGUUGUAGACCUUUGCCUCCCCAUUAUGCUGCAGCCAAGAACACGGAGCUUUUUAACAUUUUAAACCAUUUUUGUUUUAACUGUUGUUUAACGGGGAGGCUUUUUUGAACUUUAAUACUGGCUCUCUCGGGCUGCUUGUAAACAUAAGCUGUGUUACAGUUAACCCUCCCCUUUGUGGCACCUGCUGGGGUUGGAGCUGGGGGACAUAGAUGUGUGCUGCUGCAGAAGACUGGUCCCUCAGCAGGCCUGGACCCUAUCCAAUGUGUUGUGAAUUCUCUGCAAUGUGAGGUUUCUCUAAUAAACUGGCCCUUCCAGUUGCAACCAGUCUUCCUUUAUAAACCAAGGCCUAGGCUUUGCAUCCAGCCUGCCCCACCUUGUUGUUUCCUCCCCCCUUGCAAAGCGAUGUCAGCCCAGGCUUCUUGCUGCUUCAGAAGACAGCAGUGAGGAUGUUUUAGGUGGCAGGAAUGUGAGAUUGGCCUUCCUGCAAUGCAGCUGCUUUCUGGGAUUUAGCUGGCGUGCGGCAGGGCGGUCUGUAAGCCCCACUCCUCAUUGCACAGCUUGUCUGGGCUGCGCGCUGAAGCGAUGCGAAGCCUCUUUUGUCUGAGAACGUGGAGUGGGGAGGGUGGUUUGGCAGGUGGUGCCCAACAGGCUGCCGGGGUGUCUUGUGUGUGUAGAGCUGCAUGUUGUGAUGGUACAGGAGAGGGGGCCCUCCCCCUGCAAGGGCUUGCCUCACUGCAGGGACAUGCAUCACAACUGCUGGAGGAUAUUUCCCCACUUGCGCUGCGGUUGUAACCAUGUUUCCUCGGUAGUUUCUGUUUUGGCAGGAAGAGCUUGUUUUAACCUGCCAUGCUGUCGGUCACAGUGAGGCAGUGCUUGGCUUUCUGCUCCCGCUUGCUCGGCUCAGCGGGUUGUGGGUUUUUUGUGGGUUUUUUUGGUGGUCUGUGUGGAGGGCCCUGCAGAACCGUGCAGGUCAGCAAAAUAUCCGUAAGCUUAUGAUGUAUGGAUUUGAGGGAAUUUUGCUUUUACACACGAAGGGCCCAGUCCACAGUGCAAAUCAGGCGUUAACUCUCUUUACAAGCCAGAGCAGCUCUUGGCAGCUCUGAGGAUUGCAGAGAUCUGGAGACAUCAGCCUCCGUGGUGGGACCCUUCUGGCUCUUUAUGGGUUUCCAGACUCUUGGGAGACUUGCAGUGGCAGAGGUAGUUGCGAUGGGAACCCUAGGCAGAAAAAGUUUCAAACCUUGCUUCUUUCCUUGGCUUUGCUUAAAUGACAAGGUAUAAUGCUCACAGGACUGUUGGUUUCCCCGAUUCAGAUGUAUUCUAGUUAUCUCCUCUUCUCCCAAGUCCUCUCUGAGCAGCCUCUUUGCGUUUGGCUCCACACGGCAGUGCUGAGGGCCACCUCAGCUGAUGGACAAACAGCUUAAACAGUGUUUAUCUGUCACUGGUCUCUUAAUUUUGUAUCUUCCUUCCUGUCAGGUAGGACGUUCUAUCUACAAUGCUUUUAGAGUUGAAAGGUUUAGACAGCCAGCCUGCUUUUAGAGCUAGAAAAGAAACCGUAAAGAACAGCCCACAGCUGAGAACCCCAUGUUGCCACUGUCACGUUGAUUUAUUCGCAGGAGGAAAAGGGGGGGAUGACACCUUGCAUUCAGAGGAAGCAGGGACCUGUAGGAAACUGCUUUUCCCCUCCCAUGCAGUUGCUCAAUCGGGAUCGGUCCUGCCUCUCCCUUGGGUUACCAACUUCAGCUUUACUGGCAAUUGCAACGCCUCUGUAAAUGUUUAACCCUGUUGCUCACCUGCCCGUGUUUCUGGGGUGCUGUGGACCUAACGCUUCCCCUGACAAGCAGAGAGAGUUAUAUAUUCCUGAGUGACGCUGCGGUCCCGGGCACAGGGGCUCUGCUUUUGCAGCUGUGAGGCGCCUGUGGCGUUUGGUGUGAUGCGCUACUGGGGUGGGGUAUGGCUGAGGCCUCUGGCCCUGGAGCAGGCGUUUUGGGCUGGAUAAUGCUUGGCAAGAACUGAGGUGACCAGCGCUGCUGGUAGCUGAGCGGCACAGGGAGUGUGGGACUGUUUCUGCUCCAUCAGCCUUUGUGGAGGGGGGCAGAGCCGUGCCCGCCUCGGUGCGAGGUGAGGGGCCUGGGGCUCUGCGUGGGCCUUUCCUCAACUGCUUCUUCCCUCAGGGCUGUUUCCAGAGCGUGGGCCAGCCCUCUCUCUCGGCGGGCGGGCUGCUUUCCUCUCUUGUGUAAAUACCUGUACAAAGAAUUAAUCAAUAAAGCGCUGAAGGAA